UGCUGUGACGGUUGGGCUUGGCCGCAUCCGGGAGCGACGCGGUUCGGAGAUCGGGUCUGUCGGUCAGUCUCCACCUUUCCUUCCCACGCCACCGGGCGGAGCCGCUGCCGCAUUUUCCAGCUCCCUCCGGUUGAGUUCGGGAAGGAUGGAGAGGAGUCGGUCGCGGCGUCCCCACCAGCCUCACGGCCUGGCCGGGGAGUCCUCGUCCACGUCCUCAUCUUCCUCGUCCUCGAGCCGAAGUGGUCGGGAUACCAAACCGCCGCGGCGGAAGGGCCACCCUCUGGGCCCGCCUCCUGCGUUCUCGGAGGAACCGGGGGAGAAAAGAGCUAAGUUUCAUUUAAAUAUUAGGACACUGACUGAUGAUGUGUUGGAUAGAUUUGCCAGCAUAAGAAUUCCAGGAAGUAAGAAAGAGAGACCUCCGUUACUUAACCUGAAACACACGUUUUCCUCAAGCACUGAUUGGCCUUCAGCAUCCUCAGACAUGAUGGAAAAUAAUCCUAGAUUACUUUCUGAGAAAGAGCUCCUGGCACUUUUUGAAAAAAUGAUGGAAGAUAUGAAUUUAAAUGAAGAUAAAAAGGCACCAUUGCGGGAAAAGGACUUCAGUAUCAAAAAAGAAAUGGUGAUGCAAUACAUGAAUACUGCUACUAAGGUGGGAUGUCUCAAGAGUAGCAGACAAAUAUCACCCCAGGAAUUCAUCCAUGAACUGAAAAUGGGAGUUGCAGAUGAAAGACUUGUCACGUGCUUAGAGUCCCUGCGGGUAUCUUUGACCAGCAACCCUGUCAGUUGGGUGGAAAACUUUGGACAUGAAGGUCUUGGAUUACUGCUGGACAUUUUGGAAAAACUGAUUGGUAGCAAAAACCAGGAAAAAAUUGUGAAGAGGAGUCAGCACAAAGUCAUACAAUGUUUGAAGGCUUUGAUGAACACCAAGUAUGGCUUGGAAAGAAUUAUGGGAGAAGAAAAGUGUCUGUCUUUAUUAGCCAAGGCCAUGGACCCCCAGCAAGCUAACAUGAUGGUGGAUAUUGUUAAACUUCUUUCUGCAAUAUGCAUUGUUGGGGAAGAAAAUGUCCUUGAAGAAGUUUUAGAAGCCUUAACUACAGUUGGAGAAGAAAAAAAAAUUGAUAGAUUUUCUUCUAUUGUAGAAGGUCUUCAGGAAAAUUCAGUACAAUUGCAGGUAGCUUGUAUGCAACUCAUCAAUGCCCUUGUUACAUCUCCUGAUGACUUAGACUUCAGACUUCACAUCAGAAAUGAGUUUAUGCGUUGUGGAUUGAAACAAAUACUGCCUAAUUUGAAACAUGUCAAAAGUGAGAGUCUAGAUAUCCAACUUAAAGUGUUUGAUGAACAUAAAGAGGAAGAUUUUAUUGAAUUCUCCCAUCGUUUAGAAGACAUCAAAACUGAACUUGAUGAAGCCAGUGAAGUUUACAAUAUGUUAUGGAACACAGUGAAGGAAACUAGAGCAGAAGGAUAUUUUCUUUCUAUACUUCAACAUCUUUUGCUCAUCAGAAAUGAUUAUUAUAUACGACCACAGUAUUUCAAAUUAAUUGAUGCCUGCAUAUCUCAGAUAGUAUUACAUAGAGAUGGAACAGAUCCUGAUUUUACAUAUCGAAAAAAAUUAGAUAUAGAUUUGAGACAAUUUGUUGAUGUUUGUGUAGAUCAAGCAAAACUAGAAGAAUUUGAAGAGAAAGUGUCAGAAUUUUCCAAGAAAUUUGAAAAAGAAUUUACAGUUCACCAAGAAACUCAGUCCCAAUUACAGAAAAAAGAAGUGAAGAUCACUGAGCUACAAGCAGAAUUACAGGCUUUUAAAACCCAGUUUGGUGCCUUACCACCUGGUUCAAAAAACUCUUUAACACAAUCAAUAGGAGAGGUAACUGGUCAGCCAUCACCUCCACUGCCAUCUUUGCCACUGGGUGGAGGUGUACCUCCACCACCACCACCGCCACCACCACCUCCACCCCCACUUCCAGGAAUGCCGAUGGCUUUUGGUGCUCCUCUUCCUCCACCACUUCCGCCAGGAAUUCUUGGAGUACACCGAUCUCCUCCUCCACUAACACUGCCAUUUGGGUUGAAACCAAAAAAAGAAUUCAAACCUGAAACCACCAUGAAAAGACUGAAUUGGUUAAAGAUAAGACCUCAUGAAAUGACUGAAAACUGUUUUUGGUUAAAAGCAAAUGAGAACAAGUAUGAGAACACAGACUUGCUCUGUAAACUUGAAAAUACAUUUUGCUGUCAAAGAAAAGAGAAAAAAGAAGAAGAGGAUUUCGCUGAGAAGAGGACAAUAAAGAAAAGAAUUAAAGAACUUAAAAUUCUGGAUUCCAAAAUUGCCCAGAACCUUUCAAUCUUUCUGGGUUCUUUUCGUGUACCAUAUGAAGAAAUAAAAAUAAUGAUAUUGGAAGUAGAUGAAACACAACUGGCGGAAUCUAUGAUUCAGAACUUAAUAAAGCACCUGCCAGAUCAGGAGCAGCUGAAUUCACUGUCAAAAUUAAAGAAUGAAUAUAAUAAUUUAUGUGAGCCAGAACAAUUUGCAGUCGUGAUGAGCACAGUGAAAAGACUACGGCCACGUCUGAGUGCUAUUCUCUUUAAACUGCAGUUUGAGGAGCAGGUGAACAGCCUCAAACCAGACAUCUUGGCUGUCAGUGCUGCUUGUGAGGAGAUAAAGAAGAGCAAAAGCUUCAGCAAGUUACUGGAACUUGUGUUGCUAAUGGGAAACUACAUGAAUGCAGGCUCCCGGAAUGCCCAGACCUUUGGGUUCAACCUUAGCUCUCUCUGCAAACUAAAGGACACAAAGUCAGCAGAUCAGAAAACAACACUCCUCCAUUUUCUGGCUGAAGUAUGUGAGGAGAAGUAUCCAGAUAUCCUGAAUUUUGUUGAUGAUUUGGAACAUUUAGACAAAGCUAGCAAAGUCUCUGUAGAAAACCUGGAGAAGAACUUGAAACAGAUGGGAAGGCAACUUCAGCAGCUUGAGAAGGAUUUGGAUUCCUUUCCUUCCCCUGAGGACAAGCAUGACAAGUUUCUAACAAAGAUGUCCAGUUUUGUUAUCUCUGCCAAAGAACAAUUCCAAAAAAUUUCAAGAAUGCAUGAAAACAUGGAAAAAUCAUACCAGAGCAUAAUGGUCUACUACGUUAUUGACAUGAAGAAGGUGUCUGUGGAGGAAUUUUUUACUGAUUUGAAUAACUUCAGAACUAUGUUCAUGCAAGCAGUAAAGGAGAACACGAAACGAAGAGAAGCUGAAGAAAAAGAGAAACGUGCCAGAAUAGCCAAAGAAUUAGCAGAAAAAGAAAAAAUAGAACGUCAACAAAAAAAGAAACGUUUGAUAGAGAUGAAAACUGAGGGUGAUGAGACAGGAGUGAUGGAUAGUCUGCUGGAGGCCUUGCAGUCAGGUGCUGCUUUCCGAGACCGAAGAAAAAGGACACCAAGGCCUAAAGAUAUUCGACAAAGUCUUAGUCCAAUUUCACAGAGGCCUGUUCUAAAAGCUCGUAACCAUGAGAACCAGAAGAUGAAGCUGGUAGAAGAGUCUCAUUCGCACCACCAUCUCAAUGGCAACUCAACCAGGACGGCUGCUGUUGCCAAGGAACUUAAUUACAAUCUAGACACUCAUCCAUCCGCCGUGAGGAACAAGGAUGUUAGGAAGAAGGAGACCUGCACGGUAGAAAGCACCAAAGAAAAGGAAAAGGAGCUCCACAGCUCUGUUUCUAAAACGGAAUCCCUUCCUGAAGUGGAGGCCCUGCUGGCAAGACUUAGAGCUUUAUGAAUUCAGUUGAUAAAAAUGAUUAAGCAAACUCUAAUGCCAUACUAUGCUUGGCUGGCCGCAACCCUUUUUAAAAUGCCUUUCUUUUGUAUAACUGACAUUAGGUAGUUAUGCAUUUCAAAGUAUGUCACAAAUUUUAUCUAAAAUUCACACUUGCAAUUCUUUUCCUGUAUAUUUGAGCAAAACUUGUGCAAAACUAUAAUGGGCUUAAUGCCUUUGUGGUGACAAUCUGUUCUGCUAUAGUUGGAAAGAGAUUGAGUUAUAUAUAAUGUUCUAGUGAACAGGUGGGUGACUACCCUAUUCUGCAAUGUUUUCUUAAAGAAAAUAUGAUAUGCCUGCAGGUCUAAAUAAUUAUAUGCAGUUUGCUGUCUGUAUCAAUGAAUCACAAAUCCCAGAACUUUGUUGUAUACGUGCUUGUAUGUUUGUAUUUAUAUAUGUGUAGGUUCUUUCUGUAGUUAUGAUCUGCAUUCUAUUAUUGUAACGUCAGAAAUAUAGAAUAGACGUGUAAAAUGACAAGUAGGCACAUUAUAAUCAUUGCUGAAUUCAGGCUGAUUAGAUUCCUCGGAACAGUAAGGCACAUUAAGCCCAUUUCAAAUAUGUAAUGAAUGAGGACUAUAGAACUUAAGCUAAUGUACAAUGCAGAUGCAUUUAUAUAAAAUGAACACAUCUUAUAUUUGCUGCUGCAAUUUUGUCUCUUCCAGAAAACAUUUUUUUAGCUUUCAAUCAUGGCUGUGGUACAAAAUUAUCACUUUGUUAUUUCCCAACUGUAUGCUUUUUUAAUAAUAUUGUAAACAAUAUGACCAUCCAUUUUUACAAGCAGGUUUUAAUGCAUGUUUUCUUUUUAAAAUAUUUUACAUAAAAUUGGGGCACUGCUGCUCUGUUAAUUUCUCAUCAAAAAAAUACACUUCUUGCACUAAAGGAAAAA